AUGGAGGAGGGUGGCGGCAGCAGCGGAAGGCCGGAGGACGCGGCGCCGCCGUGGAGGCCGAGCGAGGCCACGGCGUUCGGCCGUUUUGCGGCCGCCGCUGCUUCGCCGGAGGCGUCCCCGUCGGCCUCCGCCAAUGGGGUUACUGCCCGCGUCAGCAGCCUUCAUGGGGUCAAGCGGAAACCGUUUGUUGCACGAUUAACAGCAGGCAUCAUUCAGACAUAUCUACAAUGUGAUCCUGAGUUUAAGUACUCAGAGGUUCUAAAUCCAAAACGCUUCCUCACCAGUCCCUCUACCCCAGCCCACAAUGAUGGACUUGACAAUGCAAAUUGGGACCUCAUGUUGUACGUCAACUUGGAGUUGGUUAAUAAGAUGUCAAACAGAAGGUUUAUUGUCAAGGAAAUGCUUGGGCAGGGAACUUUUGGUCAAGUAGUUAAGUGCUGGGACACACAAACUAACGACUAUGUUGCUGUGAAGGUGAUAAAAAACCAGCCUGCAUUUUACCAUCAAGCUAUCAUGGAGGUUUCACUAUUAAGAACGUUAAAUCAGAAAUUUGAUCCUGAUGAUCAGCAUAACAUUGUCCGAAUGCUUGAUUAUCUGUCAUUUCAGAAUCAUUUGUGUAUAGCUUUUGAGAUGCUGGGUCAAAACCUGUAUGAACUGCUCAAAAGGAACCACUUAAGAGGUCUUAAACUGAAAUAUGUUCAAGCCUUCUCAAAACAGAUAUUGGAUGCCAUGGUUGUGAUGAGAGAAGCUGGAAUAAUUCAUUGUGAUCUGAAGCCAGAAAAUAUCCUGUUAGCUCCCAGUGUCGCAACAGCUGCAGCAGUGAAAGUUAUUGAUUUUGGAUCAGCAUGUCUGGAGGGUAAAACGGUUUACUCAUACAUCCAGAGCCGCUAUUACAGGUCUCCAGAGGUUCUCCUUGGCUAUCCAUAUACUACUGCGAUCGACAUGUGGUCGUUCGGCUGCAUAGUUGCUGAACUGUUUCUAGGCUUGCCAUUGUUUCCUGGAGCAUCAGAAUAUGAUGUGCUUCAGCGGAUGAUGAAAAUUCUCAGGGGCCAACCACCAGAUGAACUGCUAAGGGAAGCUAAAAACACUAUAAGGUUUUUUAAACAUGCUGGAAGUAUAUAUCCUGGCAAUGAGGCACCUACUGGUCUUUCUAGUGCAUACAGAAUUUUAAGUGAAGAAGAGGUUGAAGUGAGAGAUUCCAAAAGGCCAAAGAUGGGAAAGUGGUACUUCCCACACCUGAAGCUUGACAAACUCAUAUGUACCUAUCCUUGGAACAAUUCCGAACUGACAGAGACAGAAAAAACAGAUCGUUUGGGAUUAGUUGAUUUCUUGAAGGGACUCCUUGAAUUUGAUCCAAAUAAGCGAUGGUCACCAUUGCAGGCUCUAUAUCAUCCAUUCAUAACAGGCGAAUCAUUCACCAGUCCAUAUGAGCCUGUACCUGAGACUGCAAGAAUUCCUGUUGCUUGUGCUGCAGCAAUUGAUCACAAUCCUGGUGGGGGCCACUGGCUACAUUCAGGUCUUUCCCCGCAGGUUGGAAGUGUGAACAGAUACCUACCUGUGAAUAAUGCCUACCCUCCAAAGGUUCCUUUUUCUUAUGGGAGUAGUUAUGGAAGCUAUGGUAGCCAUGGUAGCUAUACCGGUAAUCCUGGUUUUGGUAACAGCUACGGAAGCACUGGUGAUGUUAAUGCUAUCAAUAUGUAUUACUCACCCUUAGGUUCUUCUGGAUUAGCGCAAAUUGGCUCUAGUCCAGAUGUUAGAUUAAGGAUGCGUUUCCCGCAUGAUAGAGGAAUUCGAUUGAGUCCUGCUAAUUCUACUGGGAAGCAUGGUUCCGGUUCUCCUGCGAGUGGAGGCAUUCAUGGUUCUCCAUUAGGAAAAGCUGCAGCAGUGGGCCCAUACAACAUGAGGAGGAAUUUGCCAAUGCCGCCACAUGAUUAUGUAUCUCAGCAUGGACAAGGGCGUUUUGGAGAUGGUGUCAGUUUCAGUCAUUCUGAUGCCUAUGCUCGAGGACAUACAGGCCACUCUCAUAAUGCAGCAGGACCUAGUUCUUGUCAUUCUGGUUGGAGACCACAAAUAGGUUCAAGGAGUGGUAUUUCCUUGGAGGCCUCGUCUAGUCAUGUGCCUUCACAGGCUCCGUCACAAUCAUUUGACUUUUCAGCUUCAUCAGAACUUGAUCCUGCUAAUUGGGACCCUAAUUAUAGUGAUGAGUCACUAUUGCAAGAAGACAAUUCACUGUCAGCUGAUCUAAGUAGCAAUCUCCACUUUGGAGAUGCAGGUGGCCAAGGGAGUGGAUCUAUCAGAUCAGCAAAUUUCCAAGGCCAUGUCUUUGCUGCAUCUAACCCUGUACCAACAAACCAAAGAGCAGAUCAAUUAUUUCAUGUGUCCUCUCAAGGAGUGAAUGCCCAUUCUAGUGUUCCCAUCAACUACGGUGGUUACAACCCUCCAAACUAUCCUCAGCAAAAUCUCCGUCCCCGUCAUGGACAGCCUAUUCUUCAUCAGCGAUAUAACCAGGCAACUUCCAGUCCAAUGCGGCCAAUGGGAAGCCAUCACAGUGGGCAGCCUGCAUGGCCUAGUAGUUUUGGCAUGGGCGAUGGAGUGCCCUGGGGUAAUCUAUCCACUCCUUUAUCUUAA